AUGGACCUGAGCGCCGCCGCCGCGCUGUGUCUCUGGCUGCUGAGCGCCUGCCGCCCCCGCGACGGACUGGGAGCGGCCGCGGUGCUGCGGGCGGCGGGGGCUGGGCCGGCCCGGAGCCCGGGGGGCGGCGGCGGCGGCGGCGGCGGCGGCGGCGGCGGCCGGGGCGGGCGGACCCUCGCCCCGCCGGCGGGCAUCCCUGCGCUCCGGGCCCCCGCCGCGGCGGCUCCCGGGGUCCGCGCCGCCGGGCGCCGCGCCCCGGACUCAGCCUUCAGGAACGGCUCGGUGGUGCCGCACCACUUCAUGCUGUCGCUCUACCGGAGCCUGGCCGGCAACGCUCCGCCCGGGGCGGCCUCCACCUCGGGCCGGGGCCGUGCGGACACCAUCACCGGCUUCACGGACCAGGCGACCCCAGGUACUUCCCGCCUCUCCCCGCACGGCCAGAGAUUCCUGUUCGACGUGUCCAGCCUUCCCGACGGCGACGAGGUGGUAGGUGCGGAGCUGCGCGUGCUGCGCCGCGAGUCUCCAGAGCCUGGCUGGGGCCGGGGGACCCCGCCGCCGCUGCUGCUGCUGUCCACGUGCCCGGGGGCCGCCCGCCCUCCGCGCCUGCUGCGCUCCCGGGCCGCGGAGCCCCUGGACGGCGCGCGCUGGGAGGUGUUCGACGUGGCGGACGCCGUGCGGAGCCACCGGCAGGAAUCGCGCGCCAACCGUUCGUUCUGCCUUUUGCUUCGCGCGGUGGUGGGCCCGGAGAAGAGCCCGAGGUCGGUGCGGACGCUGGGCUUCGGCUGGCGGGGCGGAGGCGCGGCGGCGGCGGCGGCGGAGGAGCGCGCGCUGCUCGUCGUCUCCUCCCGCACGCAGCGCAAGGAGAGUCUGUUCCGGGAGAUCCGCGCCCAAGCCCGCGCGCUGCGGGCGACGCUCGCCGCGGAGCCGCCGCCCGACCCGGGCCCCGGCGGCCCCGGAUCCCCCCAGUCCUUCGUGGCAGGGCGCCGGCGGCGGCGGACGGCUCUGGCCGGGACUCGAGCGGCCCCGGGCAGCGGCGGCGGAGCCGGCCGGGGCCACGGGCGCCGGGGCCGGAGCCGCUGUAGCCGAAAGCCGCUGCACGUGGAUUUCAAGGAGCUGGGCUGGGACGACUGGAUCAUCGCGCCGCUCGACUACGAGGCGUACCACUGCGAGGGCGUCUGCGAUUUCCCGCUGCGCUCGCAUCUGGAGCCCACCAACCACGCCAUCAUCCAGACCCUGCUCAACUCCAUGGCGCCCGACGCCGCGCCCGCGUCCUGCUGCGUGCCCGCGCGCCUCAGCCCCAUCAGCAUCCUCUACAUCGACGCGGCCAACAACGUGGUCUACAAGCAGUACGAGGACAUGGUGGUGGAGGCUUGCGGCUGCAGGUAG